GGGAAGCAUAGGCUGACAGACUUAGGUGUGCAAAACAAAAUUGAGAAGGAAACAAAGGAAGACCAAACUUCAUCAAUCAAUCUCUCUUUAACUUUCCAUUUUUUUUUCAGACCAAAAUGUGAAGAAAUCAAGAUCCAAGAAUAAAUCCAAAGACAACACAAGAAGAAAACGCAGAGAGCAUCAAACACCACUGGAAGGAAUUAAAAAGUUUGCUUCUUUAUUAUUGUUCCGUCUGAUUUUGAGGUUUGUUAGAGAGCAAAAUCAUGGUUGUUGGAGAUAAUGCUAGUGUUGAUUUGGGGAAUAUUAGCGUGGACUCAAAUGUUUCAUCGUCAUCAUCAUCAUCAUCAUCAAAUGAUCAGGAUCAUCACAAUCACAACAACAAUGCUCUGAUUCAGCCUCUGUACAUGAAGGUUUCCCAGAUGGGCCAUCACCAGGCUCAUCACCAUGAUCAUCAUCAUCAACAGAGAUCAGAUGGCGGGGAGAGUUACAAGAGGGAGAUUAGAGAGUUGCAGGAGUUAUUCUCUAAGUUAAACCCCAUGGCUGCUGAGUUUGUGCCUCCUUCACAUUCCAACAACAACAAUUUUGGUAGAGUUAAUGGGCUUAAUGGAUUCAAUGGAGUUAACGGGGGAUUUUAUGGCAACAACCAUAUCAGCAGCAGCAGCAGCAGCACCAACAACAACCUCAACUUGGCUGUGAAUGGAAAUGGCUUCGACAGAAGUGGACAAGUUAGUGGAAAUGCUGCUAGAAGGAAGAAAAGUUAUGGUCAGGUGAAACGUAGAAUCAGUAGCAGGACAAGUAUGGCUCAACAGGAGGAGAUAGUUCGCAGGACUGUGUAUGUCUCUGACAUUGAUCAACAGGUCACUGAAGAGCAACUAGCAGCUCUAUUUAUUAAUUGUGGACAGGUUGUUGACUGUCGUAUCUGUGGUGAUCCCAAAUCUGUACUUCGUUUUGCCUUUAUUGAGUUCACUGAUGAGGAAGGUGCUCAGGCUGCCUUGAGUCUGUCUGGGACAAUGCUUGGAUACUACCCUGUGAAAGUGCUGCCCUCCAAAACAGCUAUUGCACCAGUUAAUCCAACCUUUUUGCCCAGGAAUGAUGAUGAGCGUGAAAUGUGCGCAAGAACUAUCUACUGUACAAAUAUUGAUAGGAACCUUACUCAAGCAAAUAUUAAACUCUUUUUUGAAUCACUCUGCGGAGAGGUGUAUCGCCUGAGGCUGCUGGGAGAUCAUCAUCAUCCUACUCGUAUUGCUUUUGUGGAGUUUGUUAUGGCUGAAAGUGCAAUAGCUGCUCUCAACUGUAGUGGUGUGGUUCUGGGUUCAUUGCCGAUAAGGGUGAGUCCAUCAAAGACACCUGUGCGACCACGUGGUCCUCGCAUGACCAUGCUUUGAAGUGUUCGAUGCUCAAACUGACUUUAAAGUCGGCUUUUAUAUAUUUAGAUACGUACAACACACCAAUGUAAAGAUGUUCCCCUUGUUUUAUAUACCUUCAUGUCACCAUCCUUGCCUCAUCGGGUUAAAUCUCUAUUAUCAUAGGAUUUAUCUUUCGGUUAUUGUAGCAAUAUAUAGAGUUGGAUGGAACUUCGAGGCUCUACUCUAUUAUGGAUUGGACUUGCCCUGAAGUUUGAACCUCUCCAAGCAGUUUCUGACUUCAUCUAGUGAUAUUUUAGAUGGCUCUUUUCAGUU